CGGCCCCGCCCCCUCGCCUCGCCCUUGCCGCCAUGGCGGAUAGCAGUCGGACUCACGGACCAGGCCUCAAGUUUUGCGUGGCGCAGCUCCAGAGCGGCUGCGCGACCGCCGUGGUCAAUGCCCUCGUCACGAUCCGAACCAAAUUCAUCAAAGAGAGGGGCGGCAUCGAGAAGUUCCGCCUGCACGGCGGCCUCAGGCCGCUCGUGGCUCUGAUACAGAAGCCCAAUGUGAAGAUAGUUGACAUUUCGCUGAGCAUUAUCGCCAAUUGCUGCACAGAGAGCGAAGCGAGAAAGGAGGUCCGCAGGCUGGGCGGGCUGCCCCCCAUCGUGUUGGUCCUGAAGUCGGUGACGGUGGAGAGCAUUCAGAACCGGGCAGCGCGUGCGCUGGCCAACCUUGCUCAGGACAAGCAGAACAGCGAGAUUCUGCACAAGGCUGGCACGGUGUCGCAUCUCAAAGCGCUGCUCGAGUCCGGCCGCGACGACGAGUGCCUGCAGAGCGCCGUCCGUGCCGUGAGGAACCUGGCCGACUCCCCGUCUCACCGCGCCGCCAUGGUGAGCCAGGGCGUGGUGGAGCCGCUGGCGCAGCUGCUGAAGAGAGGCGACCGCUCGGGCGUGGUGGGGGCCAGCGCCCGGGCGCUGGCCGAGCUCAGCCGCCAGUGCUCGACGGAGUGCGCCGAGGUGCUGUCGCGUGUCGAUGCGCCGUCCACGCUCGUCGCGCUGGUCUGUGGCGGCGACGCGGCGGUGCGCGCCGAUGCCAUGCAGACGCUGAGCAGCCUGUGCUCCCAGGCUAUCGUGCGGCCCACCCUGGGCAGCGCCGGCGCGAUACGCUGCUUCGUCGACGAAAUCAGAAGCGCGCGCAACAGCGGCGGCGUGCUGAACGUUGUCCGAGCUCUGUGCCUCUGCUGUCGUGAGGCUGUGAACCGGGCGAAGGUUGUGGAGAGCGGUGGCAUCGAGCUGCUCUUCUCGCUGCUCAAGGACUCCCACUUCAAGGCGUCCCACGACCGAAUCAUCUUGGCCUUCCUCAGUUUUUUCUAUGAGGAGUCCGCGCUGGACGUGCUGCUCGGGUACGGGUUGGUGCCCAUCCUGGUGAGGCGGCUGGAGGAGUGGACCCUCGUGUCCGAUAAGUUCCAAGCGACCGCUGUCGUUGCCGACAUUGAGGACGAGAGGUAUGCCGCCUCGUACGACUUCCCGACAGAGUUCAACCGCAAGCCGGACAUGGAACCAAAUGCGGAGUCCUCGAGCUUUCUUAGCAUGAGGUCAUGGCUUCUCACGCAGGGCUACAUCGUGAGCCCGGGCGACAUCUCCCCGCGUUGGUGUCCAGACGGCAGCACGGGAGACACGGAGCUGGAGGACCUUGAGGCGGUGCCGCGGUGCAGCAGCCUCGUCACGCUCCACUCCUCCGUGACCGACGCCGAGGCCGUGGAGGAGCCCGGCAGCCCCCGGGUGGCUCGCCGUUCCGGCGGCGACGUCGACAGGGCGUGCGCCGAUGCCAAACGGGCGAAACUUGACGACGACGAUGAAGACGAUGGGCGGACGGCGACGGGUGCUCACGCGGGUCGUAGCUCGGAGGUCGAGAACUCGGGAGGAGCUCGGCAGCAAACUCUGCCGGCGCGCCGACGGAAACGACUGCUCACCCACCCUCAAGACCAGCGGCGAUCCCCGCAGGCCUCCUCCACCCGUCUCCACUUCAGGCUCCUCAAGUUCUGCCAGAACGCCCGAUCGGAAGCCACGUCCGUCAAACUCAAGAAGGAAGCUUGUUUGUCGUCGUCGUCGUCGUCGUCCUCACCGGCUCUGCGUGCUUCCGACCUCGCGAGCGGCGAGGCGAACCGAAGCGCCGCCACGAAACGCAAAGAGAACGACGCUCGACGACACGACCUCCCCACGCCUCGUAAAGCCCCCGCCCAGGGAGCGGCGACGACAACAACAACAGCCGUUGCCGCCGCCGCCGCCGCCGCCACCGCCGCCACCGACAAAAACUCCAUCGCCGACGGCAAAGCAACGGCGAGCGGCGCGGCGGGCCCCAGCGGCGCCGCGUCCCAACCGGAGCAGGGGCACGGGUCGGAAACGGAGCGGGCGGUGGGGCCCGACUUCGCCAUCCUCUGGCUGCUGUCGCGCUUCUCCAUGUACGUGGACCCGAGCUUCCUGGUGACGACGGCCGUCCUCCGCGGUCUGCUCAACUACGUGCUGGGCGCGGCGCGGCCGAGCCCCCGGGCCGCGCGCAUCCUCCUGCGCCUCGCCGCCAAUCCCAACUGCCUGGAGGCGUUCGUGCGCACGCACGGCAUCUCCACGCUGCACCUGCGCCUCUGCCACGGCCUGUGCCCCGACGGGGAGGUGGAAUGGGCGCGGGGCGACCUUUCCGCGGGUGAAGGGAGCGCCGGAGGAGGCGUCGAGUCUCUCGUGCAGAGGACUGCGAACUUGAAGCUGACCACAGCGAGUAACCGCGAAUUGGCGUGGGGAAUGUUGCGGAGUCUGCGUAUUCAAGCCGAGUCGGGGUUUGGAACCGGAACCCUGAACCACCUCCUGCUGUCGACCCGACAGGGAGACAAGGCUGCCUGCGCCCUCGCAUUGCUCUACCUGUGUCGGAACGAGCCGCUGCGGCGAAGGCUGCUGGUGGACCAGUGCGGCCUACAGCUGCUGGUGUCGCACAUGCUGCGCUCCCCGGACCCCAGCUACGUGGUUCGCGCCACGGGGGCCCUGCUGGAAUUCUGCAGCUUGGAGGGCAAGAGCGGCACCCCCUCUUCUUCUCCUCCUCCUCAUCAUCCUCCGCCGGGAAAAUUCACGUCGGGAAAGUGGCGGAAGCCGCCGGGCUCGGAAGGCGGAGUCGCCUCGGCUUCGAGCAAACCGUCGGGCGCGCCGCCGCGGGACGGGACCUCGUCCUGCGGCUACGCGCGCUGCGUGGCCGACGACGCCGCCGCGGACGUGAAGUUCGUCCUAGACUGCGGCGCCAAGGUGUCCGCCCAGCGCAAACAGCUGGUGUCGCGCUCCGAGGUGUUCGGCGCCAUGCUGCAGGGACACUACUCGGAGGCGCAGCAGUCGUGCGUCGCCGUCCGCAACGCGUCGGACGCCGCCUUCACGCUCCUCAUGCACCACCUGCACGGCUGCUGUCCGCCGGCGUGCUGGGCGCUGCGGGCGGCGUACUCGCCCGACUGCGUGACGCCGCCUGCGGGAGAAGGGGCGGCGGUGGAGAGCGCCGACCCGGGACCUGCGGGGAGCGGCGAGCGGCGCGGGAAGCCGGGCGGCUCGCUGGCGGGCAGCCUCCUGGGCGAGCUCAUGGCGCUGUCGAAUCAGUUCCUGCUGCCGGACUUGAAGCGCGAGCUCACCGCGGUGGUGCGCUCGCGCUGCCUGCACGCCGAGUCGCUGCCGGCGGUCUACGCGUUUGCCGAGCGGCACUGCUUCGGCGAGCUGUGCCGCCAGUGCCUGGAAUUCCUCCUGACGGCGCCGCUCACGAUCGCACAGCGCAGCAGGGGUUUCUGGGAACUCUCGCAGGUGCAGUGCAACGGCAGCGAGAUGGAAGCCACCCUCCACUCCGUCCUCCUGUCCUUCAUUUAGAGACACGCGCGCCCAACAGCAGAUGCGCCCAUGAUAAGGGUUGACAUUGUUUGUUCACGCCGCUGCUGCUGCUGGCACAAGGGCCUCCACUCACGCUGAAUAAAUGUCUUAGAAGAGGUGGGAAAACCAACACCUGCUGGCCGACUAACUACGGUGUAAGCCAAUUAUACUGCUCGGUGAACAGAGGCGCCGGAAGAUGGAAUUGAACUGGCGACCUCUGGAUUGCAGUUCCAGCGUGCUCAUCAUAACGCCACGACAGCAGCGAUCCCUGCGCUGAUGGACUCUGAUGUUUAAAACUGACUUAACUUGACGGGACCUGCAUCAUGUUGACUUCACUCCACAGGUCGAGGCAUUUCUGAAUGGAGUUCAUAAGUACGGAUAUCAUGCCUUCACAUAGCAGCGACAGAAAUAUAUUGAAGUAUAUUGCAAAGUGACGCUUGAAAUUAGUCUCGAGGUUCAUUUGCUCUAUAAACAAACAAUACCCCACCUCGUUGCUUUGAAUUUGUGGUAUUUUUUUUUUAAACCGGAGCAACGUUUGGGACCAUUGAACCAUCAUCGUUAACGUCUUAAGCCGUUGUCCGUCGACUGCUGGAUUAGACAAGGCCCUCCUUAAUCCAUUGCUGUCCCUCGUGAUCACGUGAUGCUGCACUGCCAAUGUUAUUGACGGCGCAAGCCCUAUCGUACAAGAGAAGCAUAAUGACUACUUUUUAAAACAUCGCUAAAAUGUUGAUAAAAUCCAUUCUCUCAAGCUACAUCUCAUCCGAGCGUUCGUUAGUAAACCAAGUAACCCUUCAAUAUGCGCGACCUAAAUCACCUGCUGCUUUGCCCGCAUCUGAGCAAGCAUUUGGUGCAACAAGGGGAAAUUUAAGCUCGUAUUUAGGGUCGUAACAAAUAAAGCGCAGCUCGCAAACGCGCGCUCCCGCGCUUCGCGGAAUACGUCGCCACAAAUCGCUGAGCAGAUCGACGCCUCUAAAGCCGAGUCUGUCUCUCCCCCCGCAAGCAACCAGUGGUGCAACUGCUCGCAACCGGCUGCAGACAUCCACGUGAAAGCGGUUCACUUGUUGUUUGCGAAGGAAGUUGCAUGUGAACGAUCGCUCAGCUGUUGGACGGGCGCUUGAGAGUCGAUAUUUUGUCAAACUCUUUUUGUGGGGAGCGAGUCAGGACGAGGUCAAUGGGCACCUUGUGUUUGUUUGAUAAUGUCAGUCGCGUUGAGCGAUCCCUUCGCUGUAAGACAUUUACACAUUUCAUUUGCAGGACCUGUGGCUAUAGCACGAAUGAAUGAACUCGCAACCGUUGUCAUUACUCCAGUGCCCUACAAUGGAGAAUUAAUGAAUUCAGUAGCCUCAGUUUUCGAGUGCUGGCUUGUUCAAUGUAGUUUGUGGUAAGGCGGUGAUAAUGACCCACACGGUGAGUGAAAUUAGUGCUUGUGCAAUAAUCAAUGUAAUGCGGUCCCUUUUGUUUAACUGACCGCACUCUUUACUAUUUUGCUGUUCGAUUUUAUUUUGUCUUCCUUCCCCCACAACGUUUUCCCCGAUUGCGCCACCAUCGCCGCCGUCACCACGUUAUUUGAUGAAAAAUGAAUUCUCGCAGAGCGGCGCAACCCUUCGUUGUUAGAGAACGGCGCACGGAAGCGGAUAUCACAGAGCUAACUCUGCAGUGAGUAGGUGGUGGUGGGGGGGGGGGGGGGCAUCACCAGAUUUCCAUGCGAGUGCAGUGUUCGACACAUGACGGUUUAAACCAAUUUUUAAAUUCUUAGAGCUGGAAUUUAGCCAAAUUAAGUACAGAAACAAAUUUAAUAAGAUGAGGUUUUUAUUUUGGCACUUGGGCUGAGACCCAUCAAUUCGCUACAUUUGACACGGCGAGCUGGAUUUGAAACCAUGACCUCAACUCUGCCAGCUAGGUGCCCUUUGACCUCAGAGCCACCUCUUCACUCGAAAUAUCUGGCGAGAUGGGGCUGUGAUUGGAGUUCUCGGCUCGCAAGCGCAACGUUGCUGUUGGGAGUCGGCCAACUCGUACCGCUGUGUGGAAGGCAGCAACGGUGAUUGACCGAUGGAGCGUCUGACUCCUUCUGCGGAGUUUGUGGAUUCCCACCACCGCUAGCCUGAGGUAAAAUCCGCACAAUAUGUAACUGAUUUAAAGCUUUCGUGACUGCAGUAAUUCAUAUUCUUAGCUCUUUCGGUAAAGUCACGUUGAAGGGAAACAAUAAAAUAAUAAAUAUAAAACAAUAA